AUGAGGUUAACUCACGUCGAGCAUUAUGUUGAGCAGCAGCUCGUGCUUAUGAAAACCAUAGGGCAAUCCUAUGAAAAUCUUGUGAAGAAUGGCAUGGAAAGUGUAACUUCUCAAAGAAUCAACGUACGCCUCUCGGCGCUCAAGGAUAAUUGGGACAAGUUCUGUGUAAAACAUGAUGCCAUUACAUUGGCUGUUAAACAGUUGAAUGACAACGAUAGGGAGAGUAUAAUGAAGCAUUCCUAUUUUAAAGAUAAUUUAUUUUCCGUCGUAAACGAAAGUUAUUUAGAGUCUGUAGAACGGUUCAAUUCUGCUUUGGAUUCACAAUCGGAAUAUGGAAGCAUUCCAGGAACGUCCUCUUCAAGCCACGUUUCGGAAUCAACUUCCGAGACCGUCGCGUUUAUUAAUCGAUCGCAACUUCCCCACUAUGACAUUCCCAAGUUUAAUGGAAAUCACGCGGACUGGCUCUAUUUCAAAGAUCUCUUUACUAGUUUAGUCAUAAACAAUUCCUCACUAACUAACAUCGAAAGAUUACAAUACUUGAAGACUAGUUUAACAGGAUCGGCAUAUAAUCUAUUGAAAAACACUAUGCUUACGGGCGGUAAUUUCUCUAACGAUUGGAAAGCUCUCGUGUCGUUUUACGAAGACAAAAGGAUGUUAGUCAAUUCCGUUAUAACGUCAUUAUUCAGUCUAAAGCCGAUGACGAAGUCGACAGCGGGAGAAAUGGAGAAAUUGUUUACUGGCGUUAUGGAGACAUAUCGAACCUUAGACACGUUGGGAAGACCAAUUCAUCAUUGGGAUGAUAUUCUAAUUUUUAUGGUCAUACAGCGACUCGACUCUGAUACCGUAAACAUGUGGGAUCUACAUCGGGGUCCCUCUAACGAACUUCCGACAUGGAAACAGUUUGAAGAGUUCUUCCGAAAUCGACUUAUGAAUCUGAAGGGUCAUGAAACGCGAAAGGGAAAAUUCGUUUCUCAGUUAAAUCCAAGUAGUGUCAAAUCUCAUUACCAAGGCAAAAACAAGACCGUUAAAUCGUGUUCGUUCUGUUCCGAAAAUCAUUGGUCCGCCAGUUGCCCGCAAUAUGUCUCCAAAACUGUACAACAACGCGUAGUACUUGUCCAGAAACAUAACCUAUGCUUCAACUGUCUCGGCCCGCAUCGGGCAUCAGCAUGUCGUAUAACUACACGUUGUAGAAAGUGUGCUGGAAAGCAUCACACCACGCUUCAUCGUAGCAAUUUGGAAAGCACAAAGUCUAAUAGCAAUUCGGCGAAAUUGUCAACAGGAAAACCAAACGAACCGACUUCAACUAAGCCUGACAACACGGAGACAACUACCGGCUCUCAGGUUUUACAUUCUGCACUUGGAAAUGAAGUCAAAACGCCAUAUGUUCUACUGGCAACCGCUCUGGUUACUAUCACAUCCGAACACGGAAAUUCUUCACACGCACGAAUUUUGAUUGACCAAGGCUCGGAGGUGUCGUUAAUUACGGAACGAUUAGUACAGCGUCUACGGCUACCACGUACUCGUUCUCACAUUCCACUGAUUGAAAUAGGAGGUGUCGCGUCUAACCGAACUAAAGGUAUGACCUCCUUUAGCAUAAAACCUCAUUUUAAGUUUUCCUUCCAGUGUUCAAUAGCCGCGCAUAUUUUACCAAAGCUCACGUCGACAAUUCCAUCGGUCUCCUUGAAGAAUCACGGCUGGUCACAUUUGGACGGGAUCCAGUUGGCGGAUCCGAAUUAUUUAGCACCCGGUUCAAUUGAUGUUAUUCUAGGAGCCGACGUCUUCGGUCAAAUCAUUCAAAACGGUAUACGAAAGGGAUCGAAUAACGCUCCAAUGGCUCAGGCUACAAAACUUGGAUGGAUUAUUUCCGGACCAACGAGUUCUCAAUCAACACCUGGCGGUUCUCAAAGUUUUCACGUAUCACUCGAAAGUGAUCUAUUCGGCCUAAUGCGUAGAUUCUGGGAACUUGAUGAAAUCGCUCCUUUCAAGACUUCAUCUCGGUCCACCGACGAACAGGCUUGUGAAGAACAUUUUAAGUCUACUCAUUCUCGAACGGAACAUGGUCGCUAUGUAGUGAGAUUACCCCUCAAGGAGCCUGUCAAUAAACUGGGGGAUUCCAAGGCCAAAGCCGUUCGAUUGAUCAAGAAGUUGUCAUGCAAACUUUCCUCCAAUUCCGAGUUUUCGCGGUUGUAUGCAGAUUUCAUCGACGAGUACGAAAAACUGAAUCACAUGAAGAUUGUUCCGAAAGAUACGACCGACCCUCCGAUAACUUACUGUCUUCCUCAUCACGGAGUUUUAAGGGAGCAUAGUCUUACUACGCGAUUACGUGUGGUUUUUAACGGAUCGAGUCCAACAACAUCCGGACAUUCACUUAACGACUUAUUACACACUGGAGCUAAACUUCAAACUGAUCUGUUCGACGUGUUAAUAUGGUUUAGACUAUUUCGCUAUGUGUUUUCUACGGACAUAGAGAAAAUGUUCAGGCAGGUUAACGUACAGGAGGAUGACUGGGAUCUCCAACGGAUUCUCUGGAUUGACAACGAAGGUCAUUUACGCACAUACCACCUCACUACCGUAACGUAUGGCUUGGCUUGUGCUCCUUUCUUAGCCCUGCGUACCUUGCAACAGUUGAUAGAAGAUGAAGGGACAAAGUUCCCGCUUGCUGUUCCGUCAUUAAGCAAAGGAAGGUAUGUCGAUGACAUCUUUGGAGGUGCGGAUACUCUUGAACAAGCUCAAGAAAUUGUAAGGCAAUUAAAUCAACUGUGCAUGGCGGGCGGCUUCAAAUUACAAAAAUGGGUGAGCAAUGAUUCGAGCAUGCUCUCUUCUGUCUCCACAGAUAAACAAAAUAACUCUAAAUUCAUAGAACAUAAGGAGAACUUAGUCGUCUACACGUUGGGACUUGGCUGGCAACCAUCCACAGAUACCUUUAUUUUUAAAUAUACUCUUCCAGCAGAAGGUGUGAUCACGAAACGAUCUACCUUGUCUACUAUAGCAAAACUGUUUGACCCCCUAGGGUUUCUAUCUCCGAUCACCAUUACUGGCAAACUCCUAAUUCAAGAAUUAUGGACGAUAAAAUUAGGUUGGGAUGACCCUUUGCCAGACCACGUUGCUAGUAAAUGGAUUACAUUUAUCGGAUCUCUUCAGGAUACGCCAAAAUUCACGCUCCCACGAUGGAUAGGGGCGUUCUAA